AUGUCCUUGUCGUUUGACCACAACAAGCUCGUUGAAGACUCUAAGGCAGGACUGAGAGAGAGCACUUCGGACCAGAGAUCGUCGAUAUGCGCGCGCGAUCGCAACGCCCACGAUCCCACCUCAAGACCACCCUCAUCAACCAGUCGAUACGGAGCACUCUAG